CUCGCGUGAUCGAGGAUGGGUCAUGGGCAUUCACACCAUCAGUGAUCAAGGCAACAGAGAUCCACGCUACUUUUUCUCCUUGAAGACAGACCGGGCCAGGAAAGUAACCACCAUUGAUGCCCAUCGCAGCUACCUCCCGGGUCAGUGGGUGCACCUAGCUGCUACCUACGAUGGGCGACUGAUGAAGCUCUAUAUGAAUGGUGCCCAGGUGGCGACCUCUGCGGAGCAAGUAGGUGGCAUAUUCAGCCCACUGACCCAGAAGUGUAAAGUGCUCAUGUUGGGGGGCAGUGCUCUGAAUCACAACUUCCGGGGCCAUGAACACUUCAGUCUAUGGAAAGUAGCCAGAACCCAGCGAGAGAUUCUAUCCGACAUGGAAACGCGUGGCCUCCACACCCCUCUACCUCAGCUCCUCCUCCAGGAGAACUGGGACAAUGUGAAGCGCACUUGGUCCCCUAUGAAGGAUGGCCACAGCCCCCAGGUGGAAUUCAGCAAUGCACAUGGCUUCCUGUUGGACACUAAUUUGGAGCCCCCUCUUUGCGGGCAGACACUGUGUGACAACACAGAGGUCAUCUCCAGUUACAAUCAGCUCCCAAGUUUUCGGCAGCCCAAGGUGGUGCGCUAUCGUGUGGUCAACAUCUAUGAUGAUCACCAUGAAAACCCGACAGUGAGCUGGCAGCAGAUCGACUUUCAGCACCAACAGCUGGCUGAGGCCUUCCAGCACUACAACAUCUCCUGGGAGUUGGACGUACUAGAUAUAAACAGUUCCUCUCUGCGUCACCGCCUCAUCCUGGCCAACUGUGACAUCAGCAAGAUUGGGGAUGAAAAAUGCGAUCCUGAAUGUAACCAUACACUGACUGGCCAUGACGGUGGCGACUGCCGGCAGCUGCGCUACCCUGCAUUCAUGAAGAAGCAGCAGAAUGGGGUGUGUGACAUGGACUGCAACUACGAAAGGUUUAAUUUUGAUGGUGGAGAGUGCUGUGACCCAGACAUCACUGAUGUCACUAAGACAUGCUUUGAUCCUGACUCUCCACACAGAGCCUACUUGGAUGUUAAUGAGCUAAAGAACAUUCUUAGACUGGAUGGAUCAACACAUCUCAAUAUUUUCUUUGCAAACUCUUCAGAGGAGGAGUUGGCAGGAGUGGCAACUUGGCCAUGGGACAAGGAGGCCCUAAUGCACUUGGGCGGUAUUGUUUUGAACCCGUCUUUCUAUGGCAUUCCUGGACACACCCACACCAUGAUCCAUGAGAUUGGGCAUAGCCUGGGCCUCUAUCACAUCUUCCGUGGUAUCUCAGAAAUCCAGUCCUGCAGUGAUCCUUGCAUGGAGACAGAGCCCUCAUUUGAAACUGGAGACCUCUGCAAUGACACCAACCCAGCCCCUAAACACAAGUUUUGUGGAGACCCUGGACCAGGGAAUGACACUUGUGGUUUUCAUGGCUUCUUCGACACUCCUUAUAACAACUUCAUGAGCUAUGCAGAUGACGACUGUACAGACUCUUUCACGCCCAAUCAAGUCUCCAGAAUGCACUGUUACCUGGACCUCGUAUACCAGAGCUGGCAGCCCUCCAGAAAGCCAGCACCUGUAGCUCUUGCACCCCAGAUUGUGGGCCAUACAACCGACUCUGUGAUGCUAGAGUGGUUCCCACCCAUCGAUGGCCACUUCUUUGAAAGAGAAUUGGGAUCAGCAUGUGACCUUUGCCUAGAAGGGAGAAUCCUGGUGCAAUAUGCUUUCAAUGCUUCCUCCCCCAUGCCCUGUGGACCAUCGGGACACUGGAGUCCUCGGGAAGCAGAAGGUCACCCAGAUGUUGAACAGCCCUGUAAAUCCAGUGUCCGUACCUGGAGUCCAAAUUCAGCUGUCAACCCGCACACAGUCCCUCCAGCCUGCCCUGAGCCACAAGGCUGCUACCUCGAGCUGGAAUUCCGCUACCCCUUGGUCCCUGAGUCUCUGACCAUCUGGGUAACCUUCGUCUCCAGUGACUGGGAUUCCAGUGGAGCUGUCAAUGACAUCAAACUCUUGACUGUUAGUGGAAAGAAUAUCUCUUUGGGUCCUCAAAAUGUCUUCUGUGAUAUCCCACUUACCAUCAGACUCCGGGAUGUGAGUGAGGAGGUAUAUGGCAUCCAAAUCUAUACUCUGGAUGAACACCUGGAAAUUGAUGCAGCCAUGUUGACCUCCACUGUAGACAGCCCACUCUGUCUGCAGUGUAAACCCCUGCAAUACAAAGUGCUCCGAGACCCACCUCUGCUGGAUGACGUAGGCUCAUUACUCCACCUCAACAGAAGAUUCAUGGAUAUGGAUCUGAAACUUGGCAAUGUGUACCAGUACCGGAUUAUCACCAUAUCAGGAAACGAAGAGAGCGAGCCCUCACCUGCUGCCAUAUACACCCAUGGAAGUGGGUACUGUGGUGAUGGCAUUAUCCAAAAAGACCAAGGAGAAGAAUGUGAUGACAUGAAUAAGGUCAAUGGGGAUGGUUGCUCCCUUUUCUGCAAGCAAGAAGUUUCCUUCAACUGCAUUGAUGAACCCAGCCGGUGCUAUUUCCAUGAUGGGGAUGGGAUGUGUGAAGAGUUUGAGCAAAAAACUAGCAUUAAAGACUGUGGUGUCUACACGCCCCAGGGUUUCCUGGAUCAGUGGGCGUCCAAUGCUUCAGUAUCCCAUCAAGACCAGCAGUGCCCAGGUUGGGUUGUCAUUGGGCAGCCGGCAGCCUCUCAGGUGUGUCGAACCAAGGUGAUAGAUCUCAGUGAAGGCAUUUCCCAGCAUGCUUGGUAUCCUUGCACCAUCAAUUACCCAUACUAUCAGCUGCCUCAGACCACAUUCUGGCUCCAGACAUAUUUCUCUCAGCCAAUGGUGGCUGCAGCUGUUAUUAUUCACCUGGUGACUGAUGGGACAUACUAUGGGGACCAAAAGCAAGAGACCAUCAGUGUUCAGUUGCUUGAUACCAAAGAUCAAAGCCACGAUUUAGGCCUCCAUGUCUUGAGCUGCAGAAACAAUCCCCUGAUUAUCCCUGUGGUCCAUGACCUCAGCCAGCCCUUCUACCACAGCCAGGCGGUACAUGUGAGCUUCAGUUCGCCCCUGGUCGCCAUCUCGGGGGUGGCCCUCCGCUCCUUCGACAACUUUGACCCCGUCACCCUGAGCAGCUGCCAGAGAGGAGAGACCUACAGCCCUGCUGAGCAGAGCUGUGUGCAUUUUGCCUGUGAAGCCACGGACUGCCCAGAACUGACUGUGGAGAAUGCUUCUCUCAACUGUUCCAGCAGCCAUCGUUAUCAUGGUGCUCAGUGCACCGUAAGCUGCCAGACAGGUUAUGUGCUGCAGAUACAGCGAGAUGAUGAGCUAAUCAAGAGCCAGGUAGGGCCAAGCAUCACAGUGACAUGUACAGAGGGCAAAUGGAACAAGCAGGUGGCAUGUGAACCUGUAGACUGCGGUAUCCCAGAUCACCAUCACGUCUACGCCGCCUCCUUCUCCUGUCCAGAGGGUACCACCUUUGGUAGAAGAUGUUCCUUUCAGUGUCGCCACCCUGCCCAGCUGAAAGGCAACAACAGCUUUCUGACCUGUAUGGAAGAUGGACUGUGGUCCUUCCCAGAGGCACUGUGUGAGCUUAUGUGCCUCGCCCCACCCCCAGUUCCCAAUGCGGACCUACAGACAGCCCGGUGUCGCGAGAACAAGCACAAGGUGGGCUCCUUAUGCAAGUACAAGUGCAAACCUGGAUACCACGUGCCUGGCUCAUCUCGGAAGUCCAAGAAACGGGCCUUCAAGACUCAAUGUACUCAAGACGGCAGCUGGCAAGAGGGAACAUGUGUGCCGGUGACUUGUGACCCACCUCCACCCAAAUUCCAUGGGCUCUAUCAGUGCACUAAUGGCUUCCAGUUCAAUAGUGAGUGUAGGAUCAAGUGUGAAGACAGUGAUGCCUCCCAGGGCCGUGGGAGCAACAUCAUUCACUGCCGGAAAGAUGGCACUUGGAGUGGUUCCUUCCAUGUCUGCCGAGAGAUGCAAGGCCAGUGCUCAGCCCCAAACCAACUCAACAGUCACCUCAAAUUGCAGUGUCCUGACGGCUAUGCCAUAGGGUCAGAGUGUGCCACCUCGUGCCUGGACCACAACAGCGAGUCCAUCAUCCUGCCAGUUAACUUGACGGUGCGUGACAUUCCCCAUUGGAUGAACCCCACACGAGUACAGAGGAUUGUCUGCACUGCUGGUCUCCAGUGGUAUCCCUACCCUGCUCAGAUCCACUGUGUCAAAGGCUGUGAGCCAUUCAUGGGAGACAAUUACUGUGAUGCCAUCAACAAUCGAGCCUUCUGCAACUAUGAUGGUGGGGACUGCUGCACCUCCACAGUAAAGACCAAAAAGGUCACUCCCUUUCCUAUGUCCUGUGACCUACAAGAUGACUGCGCCUGUCGGGACCCUGAAGCCCAAGAACACAGCCGGAAAGACCUUCGUGGAUAUAGCCAUGGCUAA